ACCCAGCAGCAUCGCAAACAUGACCAGCGUGUGGCGCUAGUGCCACUCUCCGGGUAGUAGCUAGAUCGUUUUGUUGACGGAAGUUCGCACGGAAGAAGAAAGAAGCAGUAAUGGUGCGGGUGAAGUCCAGGUAUUUACUGUGCGAAGUGAACGUGUCAGACAGGAGCCGCCUGUUGUUGCUGGAUGACCGAGCUGUUGCAGCGACAGUGAAGGCAGCGGUGGCCCGCAUACACGGGGACUAUGGGGCAGCUCUCUGCAGCAUCAGGUUCUCUGUGAAAUAUCUGAAUGCUCAUACUGGAAUAGUAUUCCUGCGCUUCCCCAAAAAGUGUUACAGACUCCUCUGGUCUGCAUUGCCUUUCAUUACCUGUAUUGAAACCCGUGGGCAGAAGAUCUCCUGUUUUCUGAACUGUUUGCAUGUCGGAGGAACAAUGAGAACAUGUCAGAAGUUUCUUAUCCGAUACAACACCCAGCAGCUCCAUCGAAUGCUCCCUAAGUGUAAAAAUGAAGAAGAAAAGCAACAGGUUCAGAAAGCAAUUCUAAACUGCUCCCUAACAGGAAAAAACAAGGAAGCAUUUGAAGAAGAAUCAGAGAGUGAGGAAGAUGAAGAAGAGUGACUUUACAGCAUGCCGUAAAAGGCAGCAAACAAUUUCUGUUACAGGACUGAUACAAAGAAAAAAAUAUGAAGUAUACAGACUGUAUGUUGGUCUUCAACAGAGGAACACCUUACAUGAUGUUUGUCACACAUAAAUACUUUGGGUUGGCAGAGUGACCUGAUGGUCAGUAUUUAACAGCAAGUUCACAUGUUUAUGUUGAUACUGAAUGUCUUAGUUCUUGUGGGAAAUUGUCACCAAAAAGAAAAACUGCAAACACAUGGCACAAUAUAAUGACUAUGUUCUUAUUCUGAAGAAACAAAGUUUAUAUCUUUUUAAUUAACUUCUUUUGUAUUUCUACAAUAGUUUGUGCGCCUCUGUAUUUUGUUUACACAUUAAAGCACUGUUUUGGAAGAUAA